CCCAAUAGUACUGACCUUUCUCACUGCUUUUUGGUUCUCUUCAUGCAGGAUAUAGUUUGUCUACCUAGCCAGAAGGUUACUCCCCCCAACUCUCCAUUACAUACUCUGCAGGUACCUGGGUAGGUACCUAGGUAUUUUCGCAUCCAAUGUUGGCCAUGAGAAUAACACCCCCAUGGACAAGUCUGUGCCACCUUUGCCAAUUUCGAAUCUCCCAUGAUGAGAACACCGUCACUGUAACCGAGGAUGGGAAAGUUUCUGAGAUAUCCCAAUAUGAAACCGUAUCGAGCGAAAUACUGCGCGUCGUGUGCCAUCCUGAAUGUGUUGGAAUCGCCGGUCAGGAGCGCUACAAGAUCGCUUUGGCGACUUCUUACGCAUAUGAACCUCCCAUGGGGGAAAUAAAGCGACGUGUGGCAUGGCUUAAUUCCGACCUAAGCUCUCGCUUGGUUUUGUUCAAACCCCUCCCACCUGAAUUGCACGAAGAGAUCGCCAAGCUCCUACUUCGCGAGUAUGCAGUGGCGAACGCAGCGAGAUACUGGACUCCGCUUCCGCGACAAUCUGCUGACAUCUGUGUGGAUGUUUCAGCGGAAGUGUGGGUUCGUUUUACAGAGUUCGAGGGUAUAAAAUAUAUCUCCGACCUAGCCAAUAGUCCUAGUCCCGGAUACGAGGUGAUGUUCGUCCCAGACCUGACGAGGCGAGUCGAUUGUAUGUACGUGUCCGAGGAUCACUUAGGGGUCAGGCAGAUUUGCUUCUCUUCCUGUGAGGAAGUUCCUCCUGCCACUCCGUCGUUCGGCGUCUGGUGGACCAUCUCACAGACCGCUUCCAUAAAACCAAAGGUUCUUGGUAAAUUCGACGGUAUCAAACUCCGCGACGUCGGCUGGGCCGAACCAGUACACGAGUUGUCCCCUGUCAGUAGAUGUAUGUGGGAGAUUCCUCUCCCCCCGACGACACAGAUCAGUUUUUCUACAAUAAGGAAGCCCAGCCAUGAUUUGUUCUAUGACCUUUUAAAGCCAUUGUGCAUCUCCAACAAAGCUAGGUCGAGGAUGGCUUUACUUAGGUGUAACGAGUUACACAUCACUGGCUACUCGGUCUUCUUAGACGGUAAUAUCAAGUAUAUCCACGCUCAUAUUCAUGGAGAGAACCUAUCAUUCUAUGACCAUCCACCCUGCGCAGAUGGAGUCUGGUUAUAUAUGCCUCUACAACACGGCGAAUUUCUCGAGGACAUAUGGAUACGACGCCACAACUUCCUUGAUGGGACUGGCUUGGUAUUCCGAACCAACAGAGGACGGAUCAUGACGGCGGGGCCAUACCUUCAUGUUGGUCAUCCAACAUAUUCUUGGGGACAUGUACAAACACUGGAGCAUGCACCUAGUCGGUUGUUCUUCCGAUAUUCUUCUGAGGGUAUCUCCGAACUAGGCUUGGAAACAUCUCCGCCGAUUUUACGUAAGAAUGCUGUCGGCCUAAUCCCAUUCUCACCUCCCCCAAACUCUCUAUCAUUUACAUGUUACUUUUUUUCGAGAGCCUCUUUAGAAGAUGUGGUUGAAGUUACGCCGUGUUGUAUGAGCAGAGCAGAUGUAUCGGCCAUAAUCGGACUUCUAUUCCGUUACGCUGAUGGUCAUCAAUGGUCUGUUGGAGAGGUUCGACUUGACCUCCUCCAGGACAGCAUUCAAGUCAAUUCAUCGGAAAAGAUGACUCUGGGAUUUUCGGCUCCUGACAAAUAUCCCUACGUAGCUAGCAUCCAUCAUUGUCGUGUGGAUAGGGGUCAAUCAGAUAGGAGUCGGUUAAUGCUCCUAGAUAUUCAUUGGACUGGAUACUUGGAAUGGUGGUUUAACUCUUGGCAGUGCAAAGUAUAUCACAACGGGCAAGCUAGCCCAGAAACCAGGCAUUAGAGGGGUAUCUGAACAUCGAAGGAGAGCUCGUGGAGACAUCUCAAGCUACCUUAACAAGUACGUACCCGAUGUGGCGCGAGUUGGUGUCCAGGAAGAGGCGGUUUGUACCUAGUCAUUAGAUUUGUAAAGAACAUACGCGAUUUUUUCCGUCUUUAAGA